AUGCCAUCCAGAGCUCCACAAAUAUUUUCUCCUGCUAAUCUAAAUUUAGAGACAGAGAAAAGGGAGUCUCACCACUUUCCCUCCCACCAGAACUUGCAGGCAGAGACCCGGGAGGCUGACUUGGACUGUGUGACCUUUGAGGACGUGACCAUUUACUUCUCCCAGGAGGAGUGGGGACUCCUUGAUGAGGCUCAGAGACUCCUGUACUGCGAUGUGAUGCUGGAGAACUUUGCACUGAUAGCCUCACUGGGACUUACAUCUUUCAGGUCUCAUGUAGUUGCCCAGCUGGAGAUGGGGGCAGAGCCCUGGGUGCCUGACCGAGUGGACAUGACGUCAGCCAUGGCAAGAGGGGCAUAUAGAGGGCCUGGCUCAGAUUUUUGCCGUGGAACAGAGGGUGAGGAGUCACCUGCUGAGCUUAGUGUUCCUGUAGAAGUGUCACAGGACAUGAAUCCCAAGGUGUUUCCAUCCACCCAGAAAGGCUACCCCUGUGACCUGUGUGGCCUACACCUUAAAGACAUUGUGCACCCGGCUGAACACCAGGCAACAUUUCCCAGGCAGAAACCACAUGUGUGUGAGGCAUACAGGAGAGAGUUCAAGUUCAAUGCCAACCUUCAUCAACCACAGAUGCAGCAGAACGUGGACAAGCCUAUUGCAAGGAACGAAGGCAGCGCCUCGCUUGUGAAGAGCUGCAGAGAUGACACAUCAAAGAAACCUUUCACACUGAGGGAGGGUGGGAAGGCCUUUGUGUCCAGAUGUGGUUUUCUCCAGCACCAGGUCACUCCCCGUGUCAUGGAGCCACACCAGAGCUCUGAAGGCGUGGUGGAUUUUCCCACUAUGCAAUGCCGUAAGAAAUGCAGUGAAUUUCAGAAUGCUCUCAGUGACAAAUCCUCACUUGUUCAGCAGAGAACCCACACUGGAGAAAGGCCUUAUGAGUGCAGCAAAUGUGGGAUAUUCUUCAGCUACGCCGCUGGCCUCUUUCAACACCAGAGAGAUCACAAUCGAGGAAAGCCUUAUGAGUGUGGUGAAUGUGGGACAUUCUUUAGCCAGCAGUCCAGUCUCAUCAAACAUCAGAGAGUUCACACUGGUGAAAGCCCUCAUGUGUGCAGCGAAUGUGGGAAAUUCUUUAGCCGAAGCUCCAAUCUUAUUCAACAUAAGAGGGUGCACACUGGAGAAAAGCCUUAUGAGUGCAGUGAAUGUGGAAAAUUCUUUAGCCAACGUUCCAACCUCAUUCAUCAUAAGAGGGUUCAUACAGGUAAAAGUGCUCAUGAGUGCAGUGAGUGUGGGAAAUCCUUCAACUGCAACUCCAGCCUAAUUAAACAUUGGAGAGUUCACACUGGAGAAAAACCUUAUAAGUGCAAUGAAUGUGGGAAAUUCUUUAGCCACUUUGAUGGACUUGUUCAACAUCAGAUAGUUCACACUGGUGAACGACCCUAUGGGUGCAGCGUUUGCGGGAAAGCCUUCAGCCGAAGCUCCGACCUCAUGAAACAUCAGCGAGUUCACACUGGUGAACGGCCUUAUGAGUGCAGUGAAUGUGGGAAACUGUUUAGCCAAAGCUCCAGCCUCAAUAGCCAUCGGAGACUUCACACUGGUGAACGGCCUUAUCAGUGCCCUGAAUGCGGUAAAUUCUUUAGCCAACGCUCCAGCUUCAAUAACCAUCGGAGACUUCACACUGGUGAGCGGCCUUAUGAGUGCCUUGAAUGUGGGAAAACCUUCAGGCAAAGUUCUAAUCUGAGGCAGCACCAGAAAGUUCACAAACCAGAUAAGCCAUAUAAGUGCAAUGAAUGUGAAAAAGCCUUCAGCCAAAGGUCUACCCUCAUCCGGCAUCAGAAAAUUCACACUAGAGAAAGGAGUUCAGAGAAUGUGCACCCUCCUUCUUCAGCACGACAGCACCCACUAGAGAUUAACUCUGAGAGUGGUCUUUAUGAGGGAGCUGUCAGCCAGAAGUUGAACCUUGUUCAUCCAAAUAUCUAUGCUGGAGAGAUUCCCAAUGGAUGCUAGAUACAUUGGAAGCUUUCUGGAGCAAGGUUGCAUUUUCUGACCACAGACUUUGCCAGAGUUUUUCUCACUGCUAAUGUCUGUGGUAGAAGUCAUCUCAGUUCUACCCACUGGCAGGUCUCCAGAGUGUGCAUCAGCCACUUUCCUGUGCUCACAGAAGACAGGCCUCUGUUUCCUCUUUCCAAGAGGGGAUCAUGAGUAGCCUGAGGCCAUGGGAAGAAGUCAUUCCCUCCCCCUGUGACUGGUUUAGCUGUGGACAUGACCCAUCUUUGGCCAUGAAGACCUGAGCUGGGUCCUACUGGCAGCUUGCAGAGGUUUCCCUUUUUCAAGGACAUUUGUUGAUCUUGUAUGAUGCUCGUGAUGGAUUCAUCCAGGUUCCACUUACCCAUCUUAACAACUAUUUACUUUACAUUGCUCUGGUUUGGGUGAUAAGAGCCUUACUGAUAAAGCCACCUUUAAUCUCCUGUGUUCUGAUAACUAUGGAGUGGGUUGAGAACAGAAUUAAGGUCUACCAAACCAAAGGGGUCUCCAAAUUUAUUGCCUCAGGGAAGAGCAGGAUGGCAGAGCUCAGUUUUCAGUCCAGAUUUGGCCUCAUUUGUGUUGCUACCCAAGGCAUCCUAGGGAAGCUUGUAGGGCUUUGUGGGCCUAAUGUUGUGGUCUGAAUGGCAUGAAUUUUUGUGAAUCAGAGAUUACUCUGAGGAAGGGGAGGUUGUGCAACCUCCAGUGCAUCUGGAAGCAGCAUGAGUUGGGCCCCUUGUUUACUGGAGAUGCCUCCUAUUCCUUAGCACUGUUGAGUAGACACUGUUUACCUGGCCCCUGCCAAGGAGUUAUAUGCCCUUUAUGUCUACUGUUCCAGUAUAUGUCACCUACUGUAAGACUUACUGGGUCCAGCUGGCAAACUAGAGGGAAUGUACCUGUUCUAAAAGUGCAUCCACAAAUGUUCCCUUAAAUGUGACUGUGCAGGAUUCAGGAUUUGCAGAAGUUCUCAGGACCUCCAGACCUCUGUUCUUAUGACUAAGGUCACCAGCAGAGCAAAUUAUCUAAAGGUUUUGUGGAAUACUGCAGGCUCUCUGCAUUAUUCAUGUCAAAGCCAUUGCUGUGUUGGCAGGAAAAUGGGGACUAAGAGAAGGUAGAUCCUGUAUGCCAGGGAUGAGGCAUUUGUGACAUAGCCAGCCAUCUCUGCUCCCAACACAUGAGGAGAGAGGUAGUAGAGUCAAUAUGGGGUUGCCAAAUCUUCUAGUUUUCCAAAAUGAGUAGGAGAUCAGAUUUUUAUGUGCAACAAUUUCUUUUAAUGCUUUGUUGAGAUACAAUUUUCAUGCAAUAA